ACCUAAUGAAAUAUAAUGAGCUGUUUGAUUGCUGUUCCCCUGUAGUCCUGAAGGGGGCAGCAUGCACCAACAAGCUCUAGCUACCUGGUUUGUUUAUUCUUACUUCCGUAGCUUCUAGGCUAACAGAACAACAACUUCAUAAACCCACAUUUCGGGAUUAUUCAGUGUCACAUCACGGAUUUGUAAAUAUGGCCUCUCGGUCGCUCCUUAGGACUUUUGUAAACGAGCGUCUGACAGCUGUUGUCGAGGAAAUACUUGAGGUUUUUGACGGAACAAUCGCCAAAUAUGAAGAAGAAGCUUUUAGCUCAAGGCAGGAGAUUGAACGUCUGAGGGGUCUGCUGCUGGAGUUUGCUCCACAUCAAAACAAUGGUCUGUUUUUAACCUGUCACUGUCAGAAAAUAAGAAGUCCUGCAUAAUAAGGCGAGGCUAUCUUUUACAGAAAUAAUGAUGUAAAUAAAUGUCAUGUUUUAAUGAUACAGUUGUUCAUUUAUCACUAGUUCAAGCCUAUUAUAAUUAACACAUUAAAAUAAAUAUAAAGUAUUAUAAAAAGGUUAUAGCAUAUGGGUUUUGUUGAGAACAAAGAUGAACACCCAGUAUAUGUUUAGUUGAUCUGGCAUCAUAAUAUCAUCAAACCCCUUGAAUAUCAGAUCCUGAUGCAGGACAGUGUCAAUAAUGGGGGAAAGGAUCACAACAGAAAGUGAUCCUCAAAUAGCUGAUAAAACAACAUGAACAUAAGACAUAAUUUUUAGUAUAUGUUUUAUUUACUUUAAGACCAGGAUUGAUCGAUUGUUAGUGGGAUGCCUAUGUUACACCGGGACUAUUUUGUAAGAAAAACUUUGUGAAUGUGUAAGAGCUUUUAAUUGAUAUUUAUUUGUUUUAUCUUUAUUUAUCCUAGUUAGCCUUGGUUCAUUUUAGGUCUGUGUUUUAUUCAUAAUGUAGUUUUUACUUGUUUUUAUCCUUUUAUCAUUUUUAGGACCCCCAGUGUUUCCUCUGAGGGAGCCCUCGGCACCGGGAUCGGUGGUCGCUUGUGGUUGCAGGGGCCGGUCAUGGGGUUCCUGGUGGAGGUUGCUGUCUGUCACAUCCCUCCACUGGCCCUGUGUUGGUGUCCUGUGGCUGUGGGUGGCUCCCUGCUCCUGGUGCUGACGGCUCCUCUCGUGGCGCCUUCUCAACUGGUUUAUCUGUACUCAGCCUCAUGUCCAUUAUCUUAGUGUGUGUAUGUGCGGGUGCGUUGGUGUAUGUGUGGGUGGGGGGUAAGGGGGCAUCUGAGAUAGUUUUUUGUUUUUAACUUGACUGUAAAGCACUUUGAGUCACAUUCCUGUAGGAAAAGCACUUUAUAAAUAAAGUUUUAAUGACUGAUUGAUUGAUAAGAUGCAUAAGGUUUUUACUUUGUACUUUUUUAUUGCCAGACUCUUCUCAGUUGCCCGUCUGUAAAGAGGAAACUUCCCCUGAGCAGCAACAAUGUGAGCAGGAGCCGAGCCUCAGCCUGUGCCAGAAAGACCCCGACUUCUCACGCAUCAAAGAGGAAGAUCAAGAACUCUUGGCUGGUCAUCAACAUGAAGAAGAGCCAUCCUUAUCUCAUUCACCUUACCAGAAGAAAAAUGAAGCGGGGGACACAGAGCCGCCAACGCAACCCCAGUCUCAAAACCCUGAAACUAAGCCUCAGGAAACUAAAGCUCUAUACUUAAUGCUACCUCUCCCCUCCCACCAAGCUCUUGUCCUAAAUGAAGGAGCCCGAGGUGGUAGGGAAAGACCUUCUGCAGGUUUGAUAUCGAACCAAGCACAGGCAAACCUGAGUCAGACUUCCUGUACAGCAUCUCAAGAGUCCACACACAACUCAGCUGCAAAAAACUGUUGUUGUCAUCUGUGUGACACAUCUUUUUCCACCUUUAAUGACCUAAUAAGUCAUGCUUGCCCCAUGAAUUCAAAAGACACAGAUUUCCCUUGUGCCUUGUGUAGAGAAUCAUUCGAGUCCACUGAAAGCCUUAAUAUGCACUUAAAAUCACACAAGGGACUAAAAUGUUGUCAUGUGUGCGGUAAGAACUGCAACAGUGUGACUGCCCUCAGUGAGCACAUUGCGAGCCAUGACGGGGUCAAACUUCACUGCUGUCAUAUUUGUGGGAAAAAGUGCAGCCGCAAAGGAGACUUCAAGAUACACAUGAGGAUUCACACAGGCGAGAAGCCUUACUAUUGUUCUUUAUGUUGUAAAAGUUUCACCCAUAGUGGGCAUCUGAGGAAGCACAUGAGGAGCCACACGGGAGAGAGACCGCACCAGUGUGAUGUCUGUGGCAGAGGGUUUCUACAGAGUGUUCACCUCAAAUACCACCUGGGGACACACGCUCAGAAAUGUUGACAAACUGGUCUUCAUUUUUUAUAUCUGCUUACUUAGCUCAUUUAUGUACUUUGGUGAUACAGUGUUUGUUGCUCAAAGUCACAUUAAAAAGCAGCUUCCUCCUACCUGCAGCAGAGUGUCAAAAAUCAAAUUUCCAAAGCAACAGUAUUGAUCAGAUACAGACACAGAGUUAACUAAUGGGAGAUUAUGAUUCAUCCCAUAGCUGCCAUCUUGUUCAUUAUCUUUUAACUUGUACUGAGAUUUUUUAAUGUAAAACUUCCCUCAAUCCCUUAAUUCCUUCUUUAAUUUGGACUUCAACUGAAACAAACUCAGCUGACAACAAAUGUUUGUUUUCUACAGUAAAAACAUGAAACAAAUACUUCUUCUGAAAAAUGAGAUCAAGAAAAUGGUGUAAAGAAAGUAUUAAAAAUAAUUUCACCAGCUUGUGCUGCAGUCAUUAAAAACACAUCAAUGUGGAGGAAAGUGAGGGCUCCUUGAAGGGCCCAUGUCUUUCAGGGACCUUACAAUGUUAGAGCAUUUGUGUUAGGGUCCAGUAUCUUUGGCAGCAUCCCCUGACUCUGUUUGAAGAAACCAGAGACAGCACCUGAUUAAAGACACACACCCACAGAAACAGACACAGUCUCCCAGAAACACAAGAACAUGCUGCUGGUGGGGAGACAGAGUAAAACAAUAAACAAGGACACCUCAUGAAAAUAUAUGACUCUGUCUGAUAACUGCAGACUUUGAAAUAAACAGGAUAUUUCUCCUUACUUUUGGCCAUACCCUGGUGGGAAAUCUUAAUCAGUCUAACUAACAUGAAUGUGCUUUUCUGCACAGAAGUCACUGAAUUGUAACUCUGCUGUAAACAUAAACAAACGACUUUUCUAUGUCAAACUUUGACUUUGUGUCUGUGUGUACAACUUUGACAUCCAUCAAGGGAAAGUGUUGUUGCUUUCUCAUUGAUUGUCUUUAGAGUUGUCUCAUGUUUCAGUGAAAUGCUGACACAAACCAGCUUUCAGGCUAAGAUGUAAAGUGGUAUAAAACAUGAGCUUGUUGGUUGAAAAAAA